AUGGAGCACACUCCACUUCCCCCGCUGGCCCCAUUCCCCCCUGCAACUGUCCGAAGCCUCCUCCACAGUGAGGAAUGGGGCGCAUGUCUAGACGCCUGGAUAGCUCUGCUUGAGUUACGUUUGGAGAUACCCAAAGACGUGUUUCAAUCGUCAGUUGCCAAAGAUGACUCAUCGCGCAGAUUCCUAGCUUCUUUCCUCCAGGAAGCGGUAAUAGGGGAUGGUCUUGGUGCCGAUACAAAAUUGAAAACCCUAAGACGACUAUGUUUUCUCCUUACAAGGAGGCUGAUGCUAGAGGUUCAUCCGCCGCCUUCUGAGCUUCUGGAUUGGGAAUUCCUUGCAUUAUUUUGCCGGGGGUAUAUUUCUAGCCCGGCGACGAGGACACUCUUGGCUCAGUUAUGGGAUCAAGAAUCACAGUCUCUUAGUGUCAGUAUCGAGAAAGGGAAAGCGCUGGUAAUGAGUGAUCUAUCAACUGCUUCUAUGGUUGCGGAAACCACUGCGAGGGCAGAAAAAUAUCUGCGAUCGCUCACCUUCCUGGCAUUGGCGGUUCCCAAGGCCGGUCUACUUCUAAUGACUGGCUCAGAUUACAUUGAUACGCUGUUUGAUGCGUAUAAAAAUCAUUGCAGCAUGAACGGAAAUCUCGAAAAUCUUAAGAAGACUAUUGUGGCUAAUGCCUACGUGGGUUUUGCGUCACUGCUGAAAGUAGACCCCCCCGCGACGUCUUUACUCCUGGAUCAGCUAUUUAGUCUGAAAUCGGCCGCUAGAGUGGAUGCGAAGGGAACGAAGAGGGACCCAACAUUAUUGUCAGAUAUAAUAUGCAGUACCAAUUUACUAGGAAAGAUGGGAGCACUGUUUGUUGGCGCCAGCCAGAAAAGAGGGCAGAAUCUCGUUUCUUCGCUGCGCGCAUAUCAAACUGAAUGUGCCGCCUUACACAGCCGGUACCAACGUGUCAAAAGGAGAAAAGAUAAAGGGAAGGGUCGUGCGGAUGACGGACUCGGGCUUCACGCCCACACCAGCGAUCACGGCCAUUCCCUGGAUAUCCACAUUCAUAAAAUGGCUCUAAUAACUCAAGUCCAAGAUCUUUUCCCGCACCUGGGGACCGGAUAUAUUGCCAAACUCCUUGACUAUUACGACGACAACGUCGAAACGGUCAUCUCACAUCUUCUCGAGGAUUCUCUAGCUCCUCAGCUCCGAGACCUCAAUCUUUCAGAAGAGCUUCAACAACCCCGUGGAACCCCAGCCUCUCACGACCACCUAGCACCCAAACCCACACCGCCUCUGUCUCCCUCCCUAUCCCCAUCCCCACUACAACCUCCACCACAAUCCACCAUCCCACAGCGCAAAAAUAUCUUCGACAACGCAGACCUAACCCGCCACACCACCGCGGCCAAAUCCCUCCACUACGGCCGCGCAAGCCAGCACCAAACUGCCGACGACCUCCUCGCCGAAGGGCCCACAAAGGCAAACAAAGCCGCCAUCCUCUCCGCACUCGCCGCCUUUGACUCCGACGACGACGAGCGCGACGACACAUACGACAUGGCCGACGUGGGCGGCACCGUCGACGCUGUCGUUCCAGGUGCCGACAUCGACGCCGACGCCGAGGCCGCUGCACAUGCACACGCGGACCCCAUCGACCAAACGCUCUACACCCACUACACAGCGACGCCUGCCCUCUUCGCCCGCGACUCCGGUACGCGCCGCUCAGCGCCGCGUGCGAAGUUGCGCGAGGCGACGGGGAUGACCGAUGAGGCAAUUGAGGGGUGGGCGGUGAUGUUGGCGCGCGACCCGAGGCGGCUGGCGCGGAUGGAGCGGAGUUUUAUGCUUGGCGCUGGCGGUGGGGGUGUGAAUCGGCAGCCGGAGUUGCCGGCGACGGCAUAUAGGAGACGUCAGUGGGAGUCGGGGACGGGGACGGGGACGGAAGGGGAGGCGGAGGAGGAGCCGGAUGGUGGUGGAAGGGGCCGUGGGGGAAGUGGGAGAGGACGGGGAAGGAGAGGGAUUGGGCAUGGUAGAGGUGGUGGUGAUAGUGGUAGCGGUGGGAAUGUGGCGGGCCCUUCUGGGGAGCGGGAGACUGCGAUGGCGAGGCGGCGGAAGGAUGCAAAUAAAGGUAGUCGAGCAAACCACAAUCGGCGAGAUCAGAGAGCAAGAAAGAUUGCGAGGGGAGGGAUAUGA